UGCGCGCUCAAGUGGCUCCGAGGAGCGCUGGCGAGGCGGCAGCGGCCAUGGCGCUGGCAGGUCUUACCGCAGGCUUGCAGGUCCCGCGGGUCGACCCCAGCGCGGACUCGGACUCCGACACGGACUCGGAGGACCCGAGUCCCCGGCGCAGCGCGGGCGGUCUGCUCCGCUCGCAGGUCAUCCACAGCGGGCACUUCAUGGUGUCGUCGCCGCACAGCGACUCGCUGACCCGGCGGCGCGACCAAGAGGGGCCGGUUGGGCUUGCCGACUUCGGGCCGCGCAGCAUCGACCCCACCCUCACCCGCCUCUUCGAGUGCUUGAGUCUGGCCUACAGUGGCAAGCUGGUGUCUCCAAAGUGGAAGAACUUCAAAGGCCUCAAGUUGCUCUGCCGGGACAAGAUCCGCCUCAACAACGCCAUCUGGAGAGCCUGGUAUAUCCAGUAUGUGGAGCGGCGGAAGAGCCCCGUGUGUGGCUUCGUGACACCCCUGCAGGGGCCUGAGGCUGACGAGCACCGGAAACCCGAGGCUGUCGUCCUGGAGGGGAAUUACUGGAAGCGGCGCAUCGAGGUGGUGAUGCGCGAGUACCACAAGUGGCGCAUCUACUACAAGAAGCGGCUCCGAAAGUCCAGCAGAGAAGGGGAUCUCUUGGCCCCCAAGCAGGCGGAAGGCGGGUGGCCGCCGCCAGAGCGAUGGUGCGAGCAGCUCUUCUCCAGCGUGGUGCCCGUGCUGCUGGGGGGUGCGGAGGAGGAGCCUGGAGGGCGGCAGCUCCUGGACCUCGACGGCUUUCUGUCCGACAUCUCCGACACACUCUUCACCAUGACGCAGCCCAGUCCCUCGCCCCUGCAGCUGCCCCCCGAGGACGCCUACGUCGGCAAUGCCGACAUGAUCCAGCCAGACCUGACGCCUCUGCAGCCCAGCCUCGAUGACUUCAUGGAGAUCUCAGAUUUCUUCACCAACUACCGACCCCCACAGACGCCCACAUCUUCAAACUUCCCAGAGCCCCCCAGCUUCAGCCCUGUGGCUGACCCUCUCUUCAGCAGUGGGAUCCUUGGCUCGGAGCCACCCCCAGCUUCCUCCAGCAUGACCCACCUCUCAGGACACAAUCGCCUGCAGGCUCGCAACAGCUGCCCUGGCUCCUUGGACCCCAGUGCCUUCCUGAGCUCUGACUUCCUUCAUCCGGAAGACCCCAAGCCCAAGCUCCCACCCGCGCCUGCCCCUCCGCCUCUCCUCCAGUACCCUCCCCCUGCCAAAGUGCCAGGCCUGGAGCCCUGCACCCCUCCCCACUUCCCUCCCCUGGCUCCGCCCCCUGCCUUGCUGCAGGAGGAGCCCCUCUUCUCUGCCAGGUUUCCCUUCCCCGCAGUCCCUCCUGCCCCGGGAGUGUCCCCACUGCCCGCUCCCGCUGCCUUCCCACCCGCCGGGCAGCCUGCCCCAGGCCCUGCCCCCGCGGCCUUCCCCUUAGACCAUCUGCCCUCAGGGUACCCAGAGCCAGCCGUGGGCCCUCAGUUCGCAGUGCCUCAGGGUGUGAAACCCAGAGGCAAGACCCCCACCCCAUCCUCCACGGGACGGAAGGCCUGCUGCCCUGCCGUGGCCUCUGCCUCUGCCAGCCCCACGGCCACUGCCAGGGCCAACAACCCCUGCCUCACGCAGCUGCUCAGGAGAGCCAAGCCUGAGCAAGCCCUGGAGCCACCGCUCGCAGCCGGCGCCCUCCUCCGGACCCCAGGCUCCCCACAGGAGAUGGUCGCUGAGUUCCCCUGUGCCUUCUUCUCUCCAACCCCGGUCCCUACAUCGCCCCGGCCACCUCCAGGCCCAGCUACGUUGGCCCCUCCCAGGCCCCUGAUUGUCCCUAAAGCAGAGCGGCUCUCACCCCCAGCCCCCAGCGGCAGUGAACGGCGGAGGUCAGGGGAGCUCAACUCCAUACCAGCCCCGGGGGCGCUGAAUGUCCGCGCCUCUCCCCCUCAACCCAUCUUAGGCCGGGGCCGCCCAGACAAUAACAAGACCGAGAACCGCCGCAUCACGCACAUCUCUGCGGAGCAGAAGCGUCGCUUCAAUAUCAAGCUGGGGUUUGACACCCUGCAUGGGCUCGUGAGCACCCUGAGCGCCCAACCCAGCCUCAAGGUGAGCAAAGCCACCACGCUGCAGAAGACGGCCGAGUACAUCGCCAUGCUGCAGCAGGAGCGGGCGGCCAUGCAGGAGGAGGCCCAGCAGCUGCGGGACGAGAUCGAGGAGCUCAACGCUGCCAUCAACCUGUGCCAGCAGCAGCUGCCCGCCACGGGGGUGCCCAUCACGCACCAGCGCUUUGACCAGAUGCGAGACAUGUUUGAUGACUACGUCCGGACCCGCACGCUGCACAACUGGAAGUUCUGGGUAGCCCAGUUCAGUGUCCUCAUCCGGCCUCUGUUCGAGUCCUUCAAUGGGAUGGUGUCCACCUCAAGCUUGCACAGCCUCCGCCAGACGUCGCUGGCCUGGCUGGACCAGUACUGCUCCCUGCCUGCUCUCCGGCCAACUGUCCUGAACUCCCUCCGCCAGCUGAGUGCCUCAACCAGCAUUCUGACCGAUCCCAGCCGCGUGCCGGAGCAGGCCACACGGGCAGUCACGGAGGGUACCGUCAGCAGACCGUUAUAGUCCUGGCAGACCCUGCUGAGCUCCAGUGACAACUUUCUGGGCACUCCUCUCCUGCCCCAGGCCCUGACGGCCCUUCCCUGAGGGCUGAACAGGACCCAAGUCUCACACUUCCCAAAGAGUCCUGUCCCUGCUGUGCCACUGACCAACACCACCAGUUGACCCCAGGGCCUUCGCAACUGUGACACUGGGGACCUAAGCUGCCAGCUCAGGGAGGAGGAGGAGAGUCCUCUCCCUGUUACUCCUGCCUGCUCCCACAUGCUGAGCCUGAGAGCAGCAGGUGGCUUCCCUUGGGUGAGCCAGGAGAGACCAGGCUGGGUGGCCAAAGCAGGACAGGCAUCUUGUGUGAGUGUGGCUGUGUGCAUGUGGAUUUUGUAAAGAAUUCUUGAUCAAUAAAAGAAAAAACUGCCUGCCUGUGGGUUGGCGUGACUGUCAACAUGUGUCACUCUGGGACAGAGAGAGUGCUGGUGGUAAAAUGACCUUUGCUUUUACUCUGUUCUGGAAGCUUCUAGAAGGUUUUGGGUGGAGGUGAAACUUCCAUACAGGUUCCCCUGGAUGCUAAGUUGGGAACAGGAAGAGGCAGGGAGACCGGCUAGGAGGCUGCUACGCUCAUCUGUUGAAACAGUGACAGAUGUGCCUCCUGGAAAUCCUCCUCCGCGGCCAGCAGAAGGCUCCGCAAGGCUCGGCACCUUGGGAGCUGGAAGAGAGCAGAGUUCGGGCCAAGGAGUGGAAGUGACAGGGCCAUCAGGGGAACCAUCCAGAAGAUGAGUGCAGUGACUGCCUGCUGUGGGAGGGAACAAGCGGAGGGUGGAUGUCCACUAGCUUGGGGUCCUAGAAGGAGCAGCCUGGGGGGAAUCACAGUAGGAGGCUAAAGGCCCGGAUGCUUCAUCCUUCAACCUCAGGGCCUGCGGGGAACAGGCUGUGGCCGUGGCUCUGGGUAUUCUGUUCACGGCUGUAUCCCUCCUCCGUGCAGCUGGCAUCCAAGCUCGCCUGCUGGUAUCUUUUCACAUCUUCUCAGAACUUCUGGAGACAUUUUCAGAUAUAAAUAGCAGACAGAGCUUUCUGUGGGCUUUCAGUUUCCCUCAUUCAUUUGAAAAAGAACAAUAAACUGGGCAUGGUGGUCACACCUGUAAUCCC